CAAAUUGGUUUUGCAAGGGAGUUGUUUGACAAAAUGCCCGAGAGAAAUGCUGUUUCUUGGAGCACCAUGAUCACUGCUUAUGCGGGGGUUGGGAUGUUUACUGAGGCUUUGGAUGCUUUCAAUGAGAUGCAGGUUGCAGGGGUUGAGCCUAACCAUGCUGGGGUGGUGGGAGCACUCUGCGCUUGUGGUUUUCUUGGAUCUUUGGAUCAGGGCAAGUGGAUUCAUACUUUCGUGGAGAGGAAUGGAAUGGAAUUAGAUAGGAUUCUAGGGACUGCACUGAUAGAUAUGUAUGCUAAGUGCGGUUGCAUUGAUAAUGCGGAUCAAGUGUUUGAGGAAAUGAUUGAAAAGGAUGUGUUUGCUUAUACGGCGAUGAUCUCAGGGUUUUCUAAUCAUGGGCAGAGUGAGAAGGCGAUUGAGAUGUUUGCCCGGAUGGAAGAGGAAGGGGUGAAGCCUAAUGAAGUGACAUUUAUUUGCAUCUUGAGUGCUUGUGGCAGACUUGGUUUAGUUGAGUUGGGAAAGCAUUUCUUUGAAAGUAUGGGCAGGGUUUAUGGAAUUGAACCAGGAGUGGAGCACUAUGGUUGCUUGGUGGAUCUUUUGUCAAGGGCUGGAUUGAUUGAUGAAGCGCAAAAGUUGAUAAGGGAAAUGCGAAUAGAGCCUGAUUCAUAUGUGUUGGGUGCCUUGCUCAAUGCUUGUAGAGUUCAUGGGGAGGUGGAGGUGGGAAAGGACAUUGUUGAGAGCCUAGUGGAAAUGGGCCUUGAUCAUAGUGGUGUUCAUGUGUUACUUUCAAAUAUGUAUGCAUCUUCUUUCAGGUGGGAAGAUGUGAGGAAGGUGAGGAGAGAGAUGGAUGAAAAUAAGGUUAGGAAAUUGCCUGGAUGUAGCAUGAUUGAGGUUGAUGGUGUGGCUUGUGAGUUUGUA